CCUUACUGUAUUUUAUACUGAAGCCCAUCUUUUUCAGUAUAUAAGCUACCAUCUAGGGUUUUUACUUUUUGAGCAUCUUCUUGUCUCUCGUUUUCUUAGAGCUAGCAUCGGCGAAUCGUAGACCAUGGCAGAACAGACGGAAAAGGCAUUUUUGAAGCAACCAAAGGUUUUCCUAAGCUCAAAGAAAACUGGAAAAGGAAAGAGGCCUGGUAAAGGUGGAAAUCGUUUCUGGAAAAGCAUUGGGUUGGGUUUCAAGACUCCCAGAGAGGCAAUUGAAGGAACAUAUAUUGACAAGAAAUGCCCAUUCACUGGCACUGUUUCAAUUAGAGGCCGCAUCCUUGCUGGUACAUGCCACAGUGCAAAAAUGAACAGGACCAUUAUUGUACGGAGGAAUUAUCUUCACUUUAUCAAGAAGUAUCAAAGGUAUGAGAAACGGCACUCCAAUAUCCCAGCACACAUAUCACCUUGCUUCCGUGUAAAAGAAGGAGAUCAUGUUAUCAUUGGCCAAUGCAGGCCAUUGUCGAAGACAGUGAGGUUCAAUGUGCUGAAGGUCAUUCCUGCAGGGUCUUCUGGUGGUGCAAAGAAAGCUUUCACAGCCAUGUGAGAGUCUUGAUUAUAAGAAUAUAAUGCUGGAGGAUGCUUUGAUACGGGCUGUUUAAUGGGCAUUUAGAUAAUUCCGUGUAUGAACUUAGUCUUAAUGACUCAUUAGAUUUGGUCUAGUUCUUUAUACAGUCGAUGGAGGCUUUAGACCAAAGAUUGCGAAAUGUUGGCACAAUUUUGAGGAUAUUCAUUUCUUGGUUUAUGGUUUAGGUUUGUGAUGAAUUACAUUUGUUAAAUCACUAGCAUUUCUGUUUUUGGUCAA